AUGCCAACGUGUUUAUGGUUGGACGACAAUAUACCGUUCUCAAAGGUCGAGGCUGCUGGAUGGGGUACUAGCGGAUUUGGAUAUGGCAAAACAAAUAUUCUCAUAAAAGCAGAGCUGAAGCUAAUGGCAAACAAAGAUUGUGAGUCAUAUUAUAGUCAAGUUGCUUCAGUAAAAAAUGGUCUGAUGGAUCACCAGCUCUGUGCCUGGGAUAAAGUAAUGGACACAUGCCCGGGAGAUUCCGGAGGACCGCUACAGCACAAACUAAUCUUUGGAGACUAUAAAGUUCCGUUUCUGGUCGGUGUAACAUCGUUUGGUCUGUCGUGUGGAAAUUCUCAACCAGGUGUGUACGUAAAGGUGUCCAAGUUUGGAAGUUGGAUUGUUGAAACGCUACAACAACAUGGAGAACGAGUGACGGCCGCCAUGUUUGAGCCACUGGCUUGUGCUGGUAGGUACUUCUAUCAUCGUGAAAGAUAUGGACCAUCUAUAUUUGACAUACGGCCUCACAAUGUGCAACUCAUAUGGCCGAAACAGCCAUCUCCCGAAAGAUGUUCUGGUCUGCUUACUGAGCCCGAUGCCGUCCUUACGACGGCUCAAUGCGUCACAUUAUAUGGGUAAGUAGAUGAGUCCAAUAAUUCACAAGAUUUAACACUUUAAGCGUCGCGUCCAAUGAAAGCGUAUGACGGGUUUGCUCACCUCUCAGCAUUGUAU